CACCGUCAAAGAGCAGCUUUGGCUUCAGUUCACCAUCCCCAUUUCGCAGCCUCAAUUCCUGAACCGCGAUUUCCUUCAGCAAUUGUUCGCUUCAGGCGCUUUCUACCCGCGCAGCGAUACCUCGGCCAUAACACUCUGAAAUCAUCGUUUUCAAUCCUCUGCUGUCAGCCCUUUCGUCCAGCGAAUUGUACGCGGCCCUGUUCGCCGACCGACUUGCGCAGUGUCUGAAAGGGACAUGUCCCUGACCAGCUAAAUGGCCAACAUGUCCCCUCUCAGAGGUUACAUCACAUCAUACCCGCCUCGUGUGCGCCAAUAUGGCAAUGCGCUUCUCACCCCGAUCAUCCCACCUAGCCAAGUAGGCCCGACUUCACGGACGACCAAGCGAGGAACCGCCGCCAUCAAUUAUGCGGAAGAUGGUUACGAUGAUGAAGACUUUGAGGACAGCGAGGGACCUCGGCGGCCAACUGGGCUAAGGAGCCUUCGACGGGAGGAGUCAACGUUCGACAAGGUGCCGCUGGCGGAGAAGCUGGGGAAAGAGAUCCACGCCCCUGUUGAGGUCCAAGGGGUUUUUCGCGAUUGGAUGAUCAAGAGGAUGUUGCGACCAGCUUGCGCCGAUCAGCUGCAAAUUCAAGCGCAGCUCCCUCUUACCCUUAUACCUAUCCGAAUUGAUCUGGAGGUCCCAGCGCAUCAACCUUUAGAACCAUUCCCUUUGCCGCGAACAGUCCUCGAUCCCAGUAUCAACCCUACCUUGCCCGCCUACAGACGGCCAGAGGCGCUGCCUGCCUAUCGCAUCAAAGACACGUUCCUUUGGAAUCUUCACGAGGCUCUUGCGACUCCCGAAGAAUUCGCCGUAGGGUUCGUUCGCGAUAUGGAUUUACCGAAUCCACAGGCCAUGACGAUGGCUAUUAGCAACCAGAUCCGUCAACAAUUGGAAGAAUAUGCCGGCGUUGCCCUGCAUCCUUUAUUCCAGAGCGUACAGCCAAAGCCCCCAGCUCCGCAGAUUGGCCUGUCACGAGAUGUAUCUGCUACACCAGUUUCCACCCACGCCGCGACACCUGACAGCAGACCUAACCAGGUAACGGUGACCAAAGAGCCUCUCGUGAACGACAGCAUACUAAACCCGGACGACGCGUAUCGGUGCAUGAUCAACUUGAAUAUCAACUUGCAAAAUAAGCUUUACACGGACAAAUUUGAAUGGUCUCUAUUGCACCCUCCAGGCAUGGCAGAGGAGUUUGCCAGGAUUACGUGCGCGGACCUUGGUCUGGGUGGGGAAUGGGUCGGAGCCAUUGCGCAUGGCAUCUACGAGGCCGCUCUGAGACUCAAAAAAGAAGUAUGCGAAAGUGGUGGACUUAUCAGCGGCAUGGGUGGUUAUGGUAACGAGAUCGACAAUCAAGCCGCCAACGGCGCGGAGGCGGGCUGGCGUUACGAUCCCGAGGGACUGGGCGACGAAUGGGAACCUAAAGUGGAGACACUGUCAAAGGAGGAAAUCGAGAAGCGUGAGGGUGAUCGCGAACGUCAGAUUCGUCGUCUACGUCGAGAGACGGCCAGAUUCUCCUCCACUGCGGGCAUAACGCCCGACGCCUCCCGACAGGGCAGUGGGUACUUUGACGUCGACAGUGAAACGCCGCUAGGAAGAGGCGAACGGAGCAAACGAAAGAGACGAUUCCGCAGUCUGAGUCCCUCGGGGAGAGGAGGAACCCCUGGAGGACGAGGGACUCCGGACACUGGUUCAGGAGCUGGCUAUGGUGGAGGUGGCGGUACACUUGCCGACUGGGAGCGUCAAACUUGGAGAUGCACCAACUGUAUGGUCUGGGGUACGGCCGUUUGGGCCGUACGAGAUGGCCCGGCAGGCCCAAGAACUCUCUGCCACAACUGUGGUCUAUUGUACGAACGAGACAAGGUGGCCCCCGAGUGGUCCAGAGAUCUACACCGUCACGAUAUGCCCAUCGGCCGGUAGUAGACUUGGUGGAUUGCAUAAGCGUAGAUGUUUCUCUUUGACCCCCGGCUCUACGCUCUGUACCUAUACGGCAGAAGUGAGAUCGAUCCCUCUCCCUGCUACGAUACCUCAAGCAGGGGUCAGAGCCAGAGUCUGAUUCCAUGUUGUUUUCUUUCUCU